AUGUCCAAACUUCCGUCGUUAACAACCAGACUUAUUCAAAUAGCGUGUGCCAUUCUUUGGUGUCUAGCAGCAGCAGGUCCGGUAUUUGGGUUUGCCGCACUAAAACCAAUAUUGAUUUCUCAACACAUCUAUGAAUCGAAAUGUGAUGUGGGAACGAAAUCAACAGAAACCAAAUGUGUUGAUCAAGAUUUGUCGUUGAACUUGUUGUUUACAGUUGCUUGUAUGGUGACAAAUAUUAGUGCGUUGCCUGUGGGGUCGAUCUUGGACACGUAUGGACCGAAAAUCACUGGUAUUGUUGGAUCGAUCAUUAUAGCCUUGGGCUCAUUAAGUUUGAAAUUUGCGCAUGACCUGACUUUUCUUGAUGGAUAUUUGAUUGGUUACACUUUACUAGCUCUUGGUGGCCCAUUUGUGUUUAUCAGUUGUUUCCAACUUGCCAAUAGCUUUCCCAAGAAUUCAGGUUUAAUUUUGGCAUUGCUAACAGGAGCUUUUGACUCAUCAUCAGCAUUGUUUUUGAUGUAUCGUAUUUACUACUUUAGCGUUGGUGAAAUAUCAGUUGGCAACUUUUUCACGGGUUAUUUGAUUGUGCCGGCAUUCAUAUUUCUUUGUCAAGUGUUCAUUAUGCCAAGGGACUCAUACAAGACUGUGGGAACUUUGGCGAAAAUUGCCGAAACAGGGAUUGAUGAAACUGGAAGACCAUUGGAUGAUGACUUGUUGCAUCCCGAGGAUAGAGAAAGUGCAAUUACCACUAGAGAUGAUCUUUACCAACCAACAAUCACGGAAACCACGGCUCUUUUAAUGAGAAGACCCUCGGGUGUGAGUAGACGAGCAUCUACAUUAUCAAGAGCUUCUUACAACUCAAUUAAAUCGUCUUAUGAGCAAGAGGCAGAUACAAAAUUGGUGUCAUCGUCAGGAGGUGUAUUUGGUGUCUUACAUGGGUACCCCAUCUCACAGCAAUUGCAAUCUCCUUGGUUUAUCCUAAUGACAUUCUUCACCACGAUCCAAAUGUUGCGUAUAAACUUUUUCGUUGCCACGAUUAAAGCUCAGAUUUUUUACUUGUAUGGAGGCGAUGAAGAAAUUGCCACAACCGUUAAUCACUUUUUUGAUUUGGCUUUACCAUUGGGCGGAAUAUGUUCGAUCCCAUUCAUUGGUCUCAUUUUGGAUAACUUGUCAACGUUGGCGGUGUUGUAUAUCCUAACAGGGAUGUCAUUAUUCAUUGGAGUGAUGGGAUUACUAUCAUGGAUCCCGGGUACGUAUGCAGGUAUCAUUGUUCUUGUCAUUUAUCGUCCGUUUUAUUAUACAGCAGUUUCGGAUUUCUGUGCCAAAGUGUUUGGAUAUGAUAAUUUUGGCACUGUUUAUGGGGCAAUUAUUGCCAUUAGUGGAGUGUGUAACAUUUUGCAACAAGUGAUGGAUCGUACAACUAAGGAGUAUUUCCAUAUGAACCCCACCCCAAUCAACUCAAUUUUGGUCAGUUUGACAUUUGUGUUUGGUGCGGGAUUGAUUGGAUUUGUGAAAUCCCAAGAGAAGGAUAUCAAAAGAAGGAAUUUGGAGAUGGAAGCUGAAGAUGCAUCGUAUAGAUCUAUUCCAACAUAG